AUGUCUUAUUAUAUUUAUCAUUCUGCUAAUAAUUAUGUUUUUCAUUUUACAUUAAGUAAAAAAGAUUUAAAAAUUCAUGUUACAAAAGCAACUUCAACUCGACAACUAACACUUAUUCAAGUUGAAUCUAAAAAUUAUUCGUUUAUAAUUAAAACAAGUGACUUAACAAAUAUUGAAAAAUACGCAGAAGCAGAUAAAAUCAUUAGUUUAAAUAAAAAUGUUGAAA